CACACACACACCCCUCCCAGCUGGCUCCUGGUGUGUGUGUGUACCGCAUCGCUCCGGGCGGGAUGACCUCCCCCUCGCUGGGCUGCCAGAGGACACUGCUGCGGCUAUGGUGAGCACUGCUGGGAUCGCCUGACGCUGGGACACAUGUCGUGGAAGCGGAACUACUUUGCUUCGGGCAGCGGGCUGCAGGGGAUGUUUAUCCCACGCACCAUGACCUCCAUCGCCCCCAGCAAGGGCCUGAGCAACGAGCCAGGCCAGAACAGCUGCUUCCUCAACAGCGCCCUGCAGGUCCUCUGGCACCUGGACAUCUUCAGAAGAAGCUUCCGACAGCUGACCACCCACAAGUGCAUGGAGGACUCUUGCAUCUUCUGCGCUCUCAAGAGCAUCUUUGCUCAGUUCCAGUUCAGCAGCGAGAAGGUGCUGCCGUCGGACGCCCUGCGCAGCGCUCUGGCCAAGACCUUCCAGGACAAACAGCGCUUCCAGCUCGGCAUCAUGGACGACGCCGCAGAGUGCUUCGAGAAUCUUCUGAUGCGAAUCCACUUCCACAUCUCAGAUGAGACCAAAGAGGACAUCUGCACGGCUAAGCACUGCAUCCCCCACCAGAAGUUUGCCAUGACGCUGUUUGAACAGUGUGUGUGCAACAGCUGUGGAGCCACGUCAGACCCUUUGCCCUUCAUUCAGAUGGUGCAUUACAUCUCUACCACCUCUCUCUGUAACCAGGCUGUGCGCAUGCUGGAGUGUCGGGAGAAGCCCACGCCGGACAUGUUCGGGGAGCUGCUCCGCAACGCCAGCACCAUGGGAGACCUGCGCAGCUGCCCGGGUAACUGUGGGGAGAUGCUGCGCAUUCGCCGGGUGCUCAUGAACUCCCCGGAGAUCAUCAGCAUCGGCCUGGUGUGGGACUCGGACCACUCGGACCUGGCUGAGGACGUCAUCCACAGCCUGGGCACCUGCCUGCGACUGGGAGAUCUGUUCUACCGGGUGACGGACGACCGGGCCAAGCAGUCGGAGCUCUACCUGGUGGGGAUGGUGUGCUACUAUGGGAAGCACUACUCCACCUUCUUCUUCCAGACCAAGAUCCGCAAGUGGAUGUACUUUGAUGAUGCACACGUCAAAGAGAUCGGCCCCAAGUGGAAGGACGUUGUGGCGCGCUGCAUCAAGGGCCACUACCAGCCGCUGCUGCUGCUCUACGCUGACCCCCGCGGGACACCUGUGGCAUCGCAGGACACAGCCCCUCAGCUGGACCUGCAGCACAGCAGCAAGGGCUACGACAGCGAGGACAGCGGCCGGGAGCCGUCCAUCUCCAGCGACACGCGCACCGACUCGUCCACGGACAGCUGCAGCUACCUGCCGACGCGCUCGCAGCACGAGUCGCUGGCCAGCCACUUCUCCUCGGACUCCCAGGGGACAGUGGUCUGCAGCCCCGACAGCCCAGCAGGAUCCCACCACAGUCUGGAGACAGCAGGGGAGGUGCUGUUGAAGGAGCAGCCCAGCCCCGUGUCCACGCCCCGUCCCUCCAGCAGGGGGCGACCUCAGCAGGACUACCCGGACGCCGGGACCCUCCUGAUGCACGGGCGGCCUCCGUCCUGCACCAGCUCGGGCCUGGGGGGCUGCGGCUUUCGUCGGGAGCAGCCACGGCCGGCGUCUGGGAGGGGCCGAGGGGAGCACCAGCAGCGAGUCCAAGUCCAGCUUCGUCCGAUCGGCGGUGGCUGGCCCGAGGAGAUGCUACCCGGCCGGCUUAAGCCCAGCGGGGCCCUCAACAUCGACAGCAUCUUCACCCGCCCGGAGGCGUCGCGGAGACGCCCGCUGGGCCUUAGCCGCUCUCCGCUGCCCUGCCCGCCCCGGCUGGGGCGGCUGGGCCCGGCCCGGGUGGGUGUGGCCCGAGGCGAGGCGGCAGCGGCGGCGUGCGAGGGCGAGAUGGAGAGACUGCCCGCUCCACCACCACCACCACCGCGCCUCAUCCAGAGGAUGGAGAGCGGCUACGAGAGCAGCGAGCGCAACAGCAACAGCCCCGUCAGCAUGGACAUGCCCCUGCACGAGGCCGCCGGCGCCAGCACACACAGGGAUAUGGCCAGUAAAAGGUCACUGACCUUCGGGCCGUCCUGGCGCUCCGUGCCUAAGUCCAAGAGCAGCAGCGCCAUCCUGCAAGAGCUCCCUUCGCCGAGCUGGGCGCGCACCCUCACCGGCCCAGGUGAGUGCAGAUGGAGCCGUCGGAGCUGCAGGAGCUCUUGGGGAGAAGGGGGCGGGGGCUGCCCAGGGCUUCAACCCCAAACCCAGCAAGUUCAUGGACCUGGACGAGCUCCAGCACCAGGUGAACAGCCUGGCCCGCUCCAAGUACUGCUGACGAAAACCCCCCACCAGCUCUGGGACACCAAUCAGGACGCUGCCCUUGCCCUGCCCUCCCGUUCCCUCCCUCAGUCCCCCACCUCCACCAAUCAAGUCCCAUCUUUCUCUCAGAGUCACACAGCAAUCACCUCCCCCGCCUCCACACAGCAGUCGCCCAAUAGCCAUGUCGUACCCGGAAGUCAUUACGAUUGGCCGAGCUCCGCGGAGGAGGCGGGGCUGAGGGAGGAUGAACGCUGGGAGGGCAUCAGGUUGUCCGACAUCCUGCAGGCCUCAGGUGUGUCCAUCCGGCCCCUCCGCAAGCACCUGGCCAUCUCCCUGCCCUCGCUGCCGCUGGACGCCUGGAGCCUGCUGGGGAGGGUGGAGCAGCAGAGCCAGGCCGCGGGGCCAGACGGGCCCCCUCCACCCCCUCCACCAGCUCCCCAGCCCCCCCGCCAAGAAGACGGAGAGAAGCGAGGGAGGAGAGAGGAGGCGCAGAGCCGAGAUGGGGAGAACCACCUGCGCCUCCCGCUGUGGCACCCGCUCAACUCCGCCCCCCAGCGCUCCCCCGGCCUAUCCCGCGCCAGCCCCAGUCCUUUGACCCCGCCCAGGCCCACGAGCCAUUGGUCAUCCUGGAGCCUGGACCGCCCUGAUGCCGUGGUGACGCCGUACAUGACCCCCCCUGACAGCACCUGGGUCCCCUGCUCCCCAGCCUCCGAAACCGGCCAUUCAUUCAGUUCCAGGACACAGGGAAGCAUGUCCUGCCCUGACCCCUGGUCCCGCACGCCAGACCAAGGAAGAGAGAUGUGCAGUGCCCCCGACCGCAGUACGGGCUCUGGAGCUGACCUGGAGCCUGUGGAACAGGAGCUCUCCGAGCUGGACUCCCUCUACCAAGCUAGUCUGAUGGCCCAAAGCAGCCCAGCUUCAGCCCUCCCUGCUGCCGGACCCAGAACAGUGGCACCGGCGGCUCGUAAGCUGAUGAUUGGGCGUGGACGCUCUCGGACCCCCACUGCUGAGAUUGAGCGCAGCGCUUACGGACCCCCAGGCUGCCCCCGCCCCCCCACCUGGGUCAAUAAUUCUGCGUGGGGCCUGAAGCUGGAGCAGCGUGCUGUGCAGGAGGGGGAGGGUGAUGGUGAUCAGAUGAGACACUUCGCUCGCAGUCUGAGUGGCACAGUGAUUGGCCCACACCACACCCGCUUGGCUCUGUCCCGCAGCUUUAAGACUACAGAGGACCAACAUGUGUUUUGCACGUCUCUCUGCUUAGCUCAUUCCAACCACCUAUCUAAUAACCAUCAUCAUCAUCAACACCUCCACCAUCAUCAUCAUCACCACUCUGCUCUUCCUCCUCCAUCACCUCCAUGAGCUCCAUCCAGCCCACCCUCAUCUCUUCCUCUCU